GUGGGCGCCGUCCUAGUGGCGGGGAGCGCACCGCGGAGGGGACAUGAGGUCGGAGAAAUCCCUGACGCUGGCGGCGCCGGGGGAGGUCCGUGGGCCGGAGGGGGAGCAACAGGAUGCGGGAGAUUUCCCGGAGGCCGGCGGGGGCGGGGGCUGCUGUAGUAGCGAGCGCCUGGUGAUCAAUAUCUCCGGGCUGCGCUUCGAGACGCAACUGCGCACCCUGUCGCUGUUUCCCGACACGCUGCUGGGAGACCCCGGUCGCAGAGUCCGCUUCUUCGACCCCCUGAGGAACGAGUACUUCUUCGACCGCAACCGGCCCAGCUUCGACGCCAUCCUCUACUACUACCAGUCUGGGGGCCGCCUGCGGAGGCCGGUCAACGUGCCCCUGGACAUCUUCCUGGAGGAGAUCCGCUUCUACCAGCUGGGGGACGAGGCCCUGGCGGCCUUCCGGGAGGACGAGGGCUGCCUGCCCGAAGGUGGCGAGGACGAGAAGCCACUGCCCUCCCAGCCCUUCCAGCGCCAGGUCUGGCUUCUCUUCGAGUACCCUGAGAGCUCAGGCCCCGCCAGGGGCAUCGCCAUCGUCUCCGUGUUGGUCAUUCUCAUCUCCAUCGUCAUCUUUUGCUUGGAGACCUUGCCCCAGUUCCGUGCAGAUGGUCGAGGUGGAAGCAAUGGUGUGAGCAGAGACUCCCCAAUUUCCAGGGGUAGUCAAGAGGAAGACGAAGAUGAAGAGGAUUCCUAUACCUUUCAUCCUGGCCUCCCCCCGGGGGGCAUGGUGGCAGGUGGCUCAUCCUCACUAAGUACUCUUGGAGGCUCUUUCUUUACUGACCCGUUCUUUCUGGUGGAGACCCUGUGCAUAGUUUGGUUCACUUUUGAGCUCCUGGUUCGCUUUUCUGCCUGCCCCAGCAAGCCAGCCUUCUUCCGCAACAUCAUGAACAUCAUUGACUUGGUGGCCAUCUUCCCCUACUUCAUCACCCUGGGCACUGAGCUGGUACAGCAGCAGGAACAGCAGUCGGCCAGUGGAGGUGGCGGCCAGAACGGGCAGCAGGCCAUGUCCCUGGCCAUCCUCAGAGUGAUCCGCCUGGUCCGGGUGUUCCGCAUCUUCAAGCUCUCCCGCCACUCCAAGGGGCUCCAGAUCCUGGGCAAGACCUUGCAGGCCUCCAUGCGGGAGCUGGGCCUGCUCAUCUUCUUCCUCUUCAUCGGGGUCAUCCUCUUCUCCAGUGCCGUCUACUUCGCAGAGGCCGACGAUGAUGAUUCACUCUUUCCCAGCAUCCCAGAUGCCUUCUGGUGGGCAGUGGUUACAAUGACCACGGUAGGUUAUGGAGACAUGUACCCCAUGACGGUGGGGGGCAAGAUCGUGGGCUCGCUGUGUGCCAUCGCUGGGGUCCUCACCAUUGCCCUGCCUGUGCCCGUCAUUGUCUCCAACUUCAACUACUUCUACCACCGGGAGACGGAGCAGGAGGAGCAAGGCCAGUAUACCCAUGUCACUUGUGGGCAGCCUGCACCAGACCUGAAGGCAGCCGACAGUGGACUUGGCAAGCCUGAAUUCUCCGAGACCGCUCGGGAACGGAGACCCAGCUACCUUCCUCCUCCACAUCGGGCAUAUGCAGAGAAAAGGAUGCUCACUGAGGUUUGACAGAUGCAGGCAGGGCGUGAAUGAAAAGGACGACCCUGAGCAAACAGCCUCAGGCUUCCUUCUCAUUCUCCACUCCCUUCACCCGAGCUCCAGACAAAUUCCUGAUUACCUCCCCUGCACUGGGUCCAGAUACCUGGACUGUCAACCUUGUUGCUUGAUCUCUCCAGCAUUCAAGGUUUAUCCAUCUAAAUGACAUUCUUGAAAUUCUAACGGUGCCACCCAUUCAUGCCCAUCUUCUGUCACGUGGAUGAGAUUAACAUCUGACCUUCCCUCAUGACUCUCAAUUUUCAUGUCUGGGGCUUGUAAUGUCUCUAGGAACAGAGAUGUCAACAGGAUGGAAACCAGGCAUACCUGGGUCCUAUUUCUCUCCUUGGUGUCCUUUGCUUUGGGGCAUACACCUGUCAGCUUUUGGCUACAUGGCAACUAGCAGAAGCUGGAAGACAGAAACAGUGUUCAUCUUUCUGUUUUAUUUCCGUGCCCUGUAACAUCUGCUGGUCAUCCUGCAGAAGACCCUUGGUAAAGCCUUUAGCUGCCCAGCCUCCAAAUCUGUUAUUCAUCUCGAAUCUUGGGAGGAAUUAGAGAAACUGCAAUUACACUUAGCCAUUUGGAGGACAUUAGGGUCAGUCCCAGACCAAAGGGGCCAAAGGAUUCCUCCAGGUGUGUCCUGGCACAGUGGAUAUCAGCCUUUUGUCUACAUUCAAUUCUUCCCUCCUUGAUUCUCUAGCUUCCAGGAAGGUUCCUUCUCAGAGCCAAAUACUCUUUUUGUGCAAGUGCCUUCCUGUGCAGAGGAACUGGAAAGAGGGAACCACAGAGCCAGGAGAAAUGGCUGAAUAGAGUCAAGCAACUAGCCUGACCGAAUUAUCUAAAGAGAGGUAUCACUUAAGCAGACAUUGCCAUCUGGGAGGCGUGCAAAGAGGAACCUUGUUGCAGACGGGAAAUUUCUCUCCCACAAUUACCCCCAACCCUCUCAGGCCCCCCACCCUUCUUCCUGGGAAUUUGACUGAGGAUUGCAGUUGAAGGUUUUCCAAAGCAAACUCUAGCUUCAACCUGCAGACAGGUAAAAGCAUCCAUUGGAUGUUAGCGUGGGGUUCUUCCCAUUUUAGGGGCAAUGAAAUAGGUUUAGAGUAAGGAAGAAACAUCAUUCCUUUGUUGACAGCCUCACUGUUAGAGGUUUUUUUGCUGAGUCAAGCAAACAUUCCCCUGCUCUGCCCCUUGGAGCUGCAGCUGACCUGCUCUAACUGGUAAGGUAAUGUGGCGGUGUUACCACCGGAUAAGCCAUCCUCUUCCAGCGUGAAACUGCUGCCUUCAUCCCACCUGCCCACUUCCCCUCAUUUCUCUCCUGGUAACAUUGUCAUUUGUUUGUUGCCUUGAAAAACUGUGAUGUACUGUUCUGAGCUCUUCUGGGUGCAGUUCAGAAACCGAAAGGACUGUUAACAUGUUUUAAAUUUUAUAUCUAUGCUUUAAGACUCUUUGAUGAGAAUGUCUCUUAAAAAAAUUAUUUUCUCAAGGAGCAACUUAUGAGGCAUUUUGAGGGUUUUCUUGAGAGACACUGUGGCUCCUGUGAGGGCCAGAUCUAAAUCUGGAUUUUGCCACAGCCUGACAGGGUAACUUGGGCGCCACAGUUCCUCUCCGUGCCUCAGUUUCCCCACCCAUUAAAUGGGAACAUUAAUGUCUUCCCCUCCCUACCUCGUGGGGAAUGUCGAUGAACUCAUCUGGGAAGCUGGGGAUGAUGCUAUGCAAAUGUGUGAAUCUUAGUAAGGGACUUGAGUUUUUAGUUCAUUAUAGCCUGUUUUCCUAUCUCCCAGAGGCAAAACCUCUCUGCCGGUUUUGCCCAAGAUCCAAAGCCCAAGAGUAGGCUACCCUGGGCUAUUGGCUCUUUAAGUCCCUGUUUAGCCUCUUGAACUGGGCCUCAGUCUCUCUUCUUACACUUCAGCAAGGAGGAUGCUCUUUAGACAGGUCCAGUGGGAUCUUGCCAGGGCCAGAGGCAGCCUUGAUGGGGAGCGUGGCUUCUCCAAACCUGAAAUACAGAUAAGAGGAGUUCAUGAUUCAGAAAUCUGCUCCGAGGCCAUAAAGUUCUGGUUUUCCAAAUGCCUUCAGUUACUUCUGGCUAUCUGGGGAAAGGAGAAGGGCCCGCUACAGGGGUAAUGGGGAUGGUUUCAGCGAGGGUAAAUGUUGGAACAUGUCUGCAUGUGUCUCUAUAUGUGUGUAUGUGAUCAUCCUCAUCACCAUCCCUAAUCAAACAUUUCCUUUUCAAGUCAGAGCAUGCCUGAAAGUAAAGGGUUUGUGGAGAGCUGGGCUCUCCAGGGACUCUGGUUGCCAUAGCAACCUUCCAGACUGUUCUCUCCAUCUUCUGAUUUGGGCAGCAAGGGAGAACAGGAGACUACAUAUUCCCAGCUUCUGAAAUGGGAACACCUCCUACAUAGUGCUUUAGGGGCUGGUAAUGACCAGUAGGUUGUGUGACCUUUGGAAAAUGGGGCGGGGGAAAGCAGUUCCCCCAAACUUUCUCCCUGGACCUUUCUUCCUGAUUUCCCCAUCCAGUCAUCGAAGCUGCCUCAUCUCACCCGAUUCUUCAGAAAUUUGAAUGCUAAGCAACUGCCAGUUAAACCAGUGUCAAUAUUAUCUUUUUCAAAAUGACAAAGAGAGACCUGGAGGGGACAUGCUCCUCAAGAGGCGGCCAGGCUGGGCCUUGCCGAGAGUCCUGACAGUUACAGUCCAUGACAGUAUCAUGGAACUGCCAUCUCCUCAGAGAGAAGCUCCUCCCUGCUCUCAGAGAGACCGAGAGAAAUGACACUUCUUCCUCCGGGGGAAUUAUUUAGCUCUGUUCCUAGCAAUCUCAUAGGUGGCUCUUCUCAAGACAUCGAAGAAACACGGAGAGGCUGUGACCUGACCUACUUUCUGUGAAGGAUUUUGCCAAGCGAUCCCUCUGGCUCUGAGCCUCUUUGUGUGGAUUUUGUGCCCCGAGCAUCGAGAGAAGAUGCAUUCUGUGCUGCCUGAGACGGCUGGGGUGGCGAUUUCCCAGCUGCCAGCAAAGGCAAGGGUCAGGCCUCCGUUACACCUGACUCGCCGGCAGGAGCUCCCAAAUGCCUUCCUGGAUCUGUCAGGCUCAGCUGAGAUGUGGGAUAGUCCUCCUGCCUGAUCAUCCUUAAGGAGAGGGGUGGAGAACUGGCCGCCUUUGCAUCAGAGAUGAUGAAUUUCCACGUGUGCAGCAUGGUAUCUCCCACGCCGUGUCAGGGAAAAGACUGGCACAGCAAGAAGACUUACACAUACAUUUCUGGUAGCAGUUGGACAGAGAGGGCUUGGACCCCCAACUUCUCAGGAAGAUGAGACUCCUCCUUGGAUCACAAGGCCUGACAUCUCUCCAGUGGCCUCCCACAAGCAGUCACCAGACUAGAAAAAGCUGAGACCAGACCUGCCGACAUUAAAGAUGGGGCCCAGGAUGUUGGGGUGAGGCUGUGGGGUGAAGGUGGUAUGGGCAAAACAAAGCAGGUAUGGGGAGGUCAGGGUCAAGGGAUGCCAGAAAGUGCAUGGCUGUGCUACAGACCCACCCAGGAAAAGGGUGGCCAUGAAGACUAACAAAUAAAUAUAUGGCAAAGUCUCAGAGGCCGUGUGUUUUGCUGCAUGACAAAAUCAACAGCUCAGUUAAGCAGACAAGUCAGAUACUCUUGACAAAAGCAGGUGGGUAUCCAGGAUGCCAGAGCACCUGGGCAGUUUCCCAGGUGCCACCCGCAGAUGAUCAGAAAAGGUGCUUGAAUACCCUCUGCAUUGACCCCACCGUGGACAGGGGACGUUCUCCAAGAAGGCAAGCUGUGCUCUAGGAGUUGUUAGCCUCUUCUAUAUACAUGCCUGUGGGCAAAUGGCAAGGUCAGAGUUAUAUUUCCCAUCGCUUCCCAGGACCCAGAUGAUGCUGUGUGCAGGGUCUCCUAGGAGCUGGAAGGACUUCUUCCUGGUGUGUAACCCACAUUGCUCUUGUCAUGGACAGCUCUUCACUCCUGGUCUUUCUCAGAGGAAGGAGAGCAAGAUUACUUUGGGGAGGUCCCUCCUUCCUGCCACUUACCUCUCUCUCCAGCUUCCUUCCAGGUUCUCUGGAGGGGGAACUUCUAUCUGGUUGUCACUCUUCCAAGUGAUGAGGCUGAUUCCCCCCCCCCCCGACUUUACUUUCCUAAUUAAGUGUGUCUGGGGUUACAGUUUGCUGUAAUGCCUGGAUCCUCCCAGAUAUGUGCUGAAUGUGGAAGUCUCUAAGUCAGGGACCAUAUUCUUAGCCAUGUGCCCACUUAAUGUCUAGGAGAGCACCUGACACAGAA